UGAGCUGUACGCGCCUCGGAAACCAAGACCAAAUUGUAUUCACUUUUAUUAAUCAGUUGCUCAGAAAGAAGGAAAUGACAUCUGGUCCUGUCUUCUUCUACAUCUUGAUUUUUGGAGAAUAUUUUGCUCAUGGGAGUGGGCAGCACGUCAAGUGCUCCCUCGGCUAUUUCCCCUGUGGGAACAUGACCAAGUGCUUGCCCCAGUUUCUUCAUUGUAACGGUGUGGACGACUGUGGGAACCAGGCCGAUGAGUACAACUGUGGAGACAACAAUGGAUGGUCUUUGCAAUUUGACAAAUAUUUUACCACUAACUACAGAAUGACUUCACCAUAUUCCUCUGAGGCAGGAGCAUCUGAAUGCCUGCUCGGUUCUGUUCCUGUGCAAUGUCUUUGCCACGAUUUAGAGCUCGACUGUGAUAAGACCAAUUUACGAGAUGUUCCAUCAGUUUCUUCAAAUGUCACUAAAAUGUCACUUCAGUGGAACUUAAUAAGAAAGCUUCCUCCUGAUGGCUUCAGAAAGUACCAUGAUCUUCAGAAGCUAUGCCUGCAAAACAAUAAGAUUAGAUCCGUAUCCAUCUAUGCUUUCAGAGGACUGUACAGUCUUACUAAACUGUAUCUCAGUCAUAACAGAAUAACCUUCUUGAAGCCGGGUGUUUUUGAAGAUCUCCACAGACUAGAAUGGCUGAUAAUUGAAGAUAAUCACCUCAGUCGAAUUUCUCCACUAACGUUUUAUGGACUGAAUUCUCUUAUUCUCUUAGCACUGAUGGAUAAUGUUCUCACCUGUUUGCCUGAUAAACCUCUUUGUCAGCACAUGCCAAGACUGCGUUGGCUGGACUUUGAAGGCAACCAUUUUCAUAAUUUGAGAAAUUUGACUUUCAUUUCCUGCAGUAAUUUAACUGUUUUGGUAAUGAGGAAAAACAAAAUUAAUCAGCUAAAUGAGAACACUUUUGCACCUCUCCAGAAACUAGAUGAAUUGGAUUUAGGAAGUAAUAAGAUUGAAAAUCUUUCACCGAAUGUAUUUAAGGAUCUAAAGGAGCUCUCACAAUUGAAUCUUUCCUAUAAUCCAAUCCAGAAAAUUCAAGAAAACCAAUUUGAUCACCUUGUCAAACUCAAGUCUCUCAGCCUAGAAGGAAUUGAAAUUUCAAAUAUCCAACAAAGGAUGUUUAGACCUCUUAUGAAUCUCUCUCACAUAUAUUUUAAGAAAUUCCAGUAUUGUAGAUAUGCACCACAUGUUCGCAGCUGUAAACCAAACACGGAUGGAAUCUCAUCCCUAGAGAAUCUCUUGGCGAGCAUUAUUCAGAGAGUCUUCGUCUGGGUUGUAUCUGCAGUUACAUGCUUUGGAAACAUCUUUGUCAUUUGCAUGCGACCUUACAUCAGAUCUGAGAACAAGCUGCAUGCCAUGUCAAUCAUUUCUCUCUGCUGUGCUGACUGCCUAAUGGGAAUAUAUCUAUUUGUGAUUGGAGCCUUUGACCUGAAGUUUCGUGGAGAAUACAAUAAGUAUGCACAGCUGUGGAUGGAGAGCAUUCAUUGUCAGCUUGUGGGAUCUUUGGCCAUUCUGUCCACAGAAGUAUCAGUGUUACUUUUAACGUUUCUGACACUGGAAAAAUAUAUCUGCAUUGUGUAUCCUUUUAGAUGUUUAAGACCUGGAAAAUGCAGAACAAUUACAGUUCUGAUUCUCAUUUGGAUUAUUGGGUUUAUAGUGGCUCUCAUUCCAUUGAGCAAUAAGGAAUUUUUCAAAAACUACUAUGGCACCAAUGGAGUAUGUUUCCCUCUUCAUUCAGAAGACACAGAAAGUAUUGGAGCCCAGAUUUAUUCAGUGGCAAUUUUUCUUGGUAUUAACUUGGCAGCAUUUAUCAUCAUAGUUUUUUCCUAUGGAAGCAUGUUUUACAGCGUUCAUCAAAGUGCUAUCACAGCAACUGAAAUACGGAAUCAAGUCAAAAAAGAGAUGAUCCUUGCCAAACGGUUUUUCUUUAUUGUAUUUACCGAUGCAUUAUGCUGGAUACCCAUUUUUGUACUGAAAUUUCUUUCAUUGCUUCAGGUAGAAAUACCAGGUACCAUAAACUCUUGGGUGGUGAUUUUUAUUUUGCCUAUCAACAGUGCUUUAAACCCAAUUCUCUAUACUCUGACUACAAGACCAUUCAAAGAAAUGAUCCAUCAGUUUUGGUACAACUACAGACAAAGAAGAUCUAUUGACAGCAAAGGAAGUCAGAAAACAUAUACUCCAUCGUUCAUCUGGGUAGAAAUGUGGCCACUGCAGGAGAUGCAAUCUGAGUUAAUGAAGCCGGCUCUUUUCUCAGACCCCUGUGAAUUAUCACUAAUUUCUCAAUCAACUAGACUCAAUUCCUAUUCAUAACUGACUCUGAAAUCCAUUUCUACAGAGAAUACUGUAGGAUGCUUUAGGAUUGAUUAGUAUAAAAUGAAUGCCACAAAAUUAAUAAUAUAUAAUAAUGGCUAAAAUAAAUUAGUUUACAAGGACAUGAGGUUAUUUGGGAAAAAUCAAAGUGACGGAUGCCCAUGUAAGAGAAAUAAAUUAUAUUGAGAAUGUGUAUAUAUUAGGACAUAUUUUGCAUAGGAAAUUAAGAGAAAUCUACUUCAGAAAGAUUCAUUCAUUCUUUUACCACGCAUUUAUUGAGUACCCACAAGGCACAUGCUACUGCAGUAAAUUCCUGGAAGUAACAGUAUAGAACCUUUUCAAUUUGCAAUGUUAAAUUGUGUUUAACUACAACAAAAUAUACAAAGUCCACCCGCAAU